AUGCGCAACCCUUUCAGGAUAGGCCCCCAUCUGGAGCACCCCGUAGGCGACUAUGGCGAAACGAAGGAUACGGACAAGGCUGCUGAGGCUGUCGACACCUCAGACGGAACCUCUAGCAUAGAGCCUUCCUUCACCGCAGGCGCUCAGGAUGGUGUCAAGAAGAUGGAGGCUACGACUACUGUGUGGGGGAAGAAGUCGCUCAUUGCCGCGUACAUCAUGAUGUGGACUGUCACGUUCGUGGAUGCCAUGCAGCAGGGAGCCUCAUUCUCGCUCAGCGCCUACGUUACCAGCUCUUUCCAGCAACAUUCCCUGACCGCGUACACUGGCGUGAUGUCUGGUAUCAUCGGUGGAGUACUCAAGUUGCCACUCGCCAAGAUUCUUGACAUAUUUGGUCGUCCACAAGGCUAUGGUAUUAUGAUCGCUUUUCUGACCGUGGGACUGAUCAUGAUGGCCGCCUGCAACAAUGUCCAAACGUACGCGGCAGCACAGAUCUUCUACUGGAUCGGCUACAACGGAAUUACUUACACCAUCGGCAUUUUCGUCGCUGACACCUCUCACCUGAAGAACCGUGGCUUCAUGUUCGCCUAUGUCAGCUCUCCAUACAUCAUCACCGUCUGGAUCACUGGACCUUUAGCCACCGCAUUCGUUAACGGGCCUGGUUGGAGAUGGUUCUACGGAGCAUUUUCCAUCAUCACCGUCGCGGUCAAUGGCCCCUUGCUGGCGCUCUUCUGGGUGAACUAUCGGAAGGCAGUCCGCGUGGGCACAAUCGUCCCCACCAAAAGCUCACGCACCUUUGCGGAGUCCUUCAAGCAUUACUCUAUCGAAUUCGACGUCGGCGGUCUGUUCCUGCUCAUGGGUGGUUUGGUCUUCUUCCUCCUGCCUUUCAGCUUGUACUCCUACCAGGAUGGUCUCUGGAACUCCCCGCUGGUGAUCGCCUUCUUCAUCGUAGGUGGGCUCAUGCUGAUCGGCUUCAUCCUCUAUGAGAAGUUUGUUGCACCGAAGACCUUCAUCCCCUACGAGCUACUUCUCGAUCGUACAGUACUUGGCGCGUGCAUCGUAUCCGGUGUGUUCUUUAUCAGCUUCUACUGCUGGAACGCGUACUUCUUCUCGUUCCUUCAGGUCGUGAACGGACUGAACAUCACCGAAGCAACAUACGUCAUCAACAUAUACAGCAUCGGAGCUUGCUUCUGGUCCCUUGUCGUUGGCCUGCUCAUCAGAUGGACUGGCCGCUUCAAGUGGCUGGCGUUGUACUUUGGUGUUCCCGUUACCAUGCUCGGUACGGGAUUGAUGGUUCAUUUCAGGCAGCCCGACGUUAACGUUGGCUGGGUGGUCAUGAGCCAGAUCUUCAUCGCUUUUGCAGGAGGUGCUAUUGUCAUCACCGAGCAAGUCGCCGCCAUGGCAGCAACGACUCACCAAUAUGUUGCUGUCGUCUUGGCAGUUGAAGGCAUGUUCUCCAGUGUGGGAGGUGCGAUCGGAGGCUCCGUUUCGGCAGCUCUGUGGACUGGAGUAUUCCCUGCAAAUUUGGCAAGGUACUUGCCUGCUGAGGCGCAGGCGGAUGUUGCGACCAUUUACGCCAGUCUUGUCACGCAGCUAUCAUACCCUAAGGGCACGCCAAUCAGAUUUGCAAUUGAGCAAGCCUAUGGGGAGUCGCAGAAGUGGAUGGCUGUUGCCUCUACAGUCAUCUUGGUCGUUGCCUUCGGAGGAGUGCUCAUGUGGAGAGAUAUCAACGUCAAGCACUACAAGCAGGUCAAGGGUCGUGUCCUCUAG